AUGCUCACUGCAAGGCCAGUCCUGCUGCUCGUUGGGCUCCUCACCCUCUUGCCGUGCUGCCAUGCAGCCCCCUACGUUCCAGCUGAGUGCUGCUUCGACUACGUCAAGGGUGUCCUGCGGCUGGACAUCCUCCUGGGCUUCAACUCAACUUCCAGGGAAUGCUAUUACCCAGCAAUUGUGUUUGAGACCAAGAAAGGAGCCAAGGUCUGUGCAAAUCCUGAGGAGAAGUGGGUGAAGAGAGCAGUUAAAAUGCUUCUAAGGAAGAAAGAACUUCGUGCCCCAUGA